UUGCCUACCAGUUAUGUGUUGGACAUGGCUGAUUUCAUACAUUAUAAUAAUAUUGUAGAUGCUUCUAUUUUGUCACCUGGUAAUUGAAGAGUAUUGUUCUCAAAUGUUACAUUACAUUAUGUUUUGUAUCAUAGGUAAAGAUAAGGCUAUGGAAGCCAAGCGUACCGAACAAGUUAAGAAUUACGAGGCUGCCAUGGAAGUUGGUAGGAAGAAUGGAAAAAGUUUGCGGUGUGCAAAUAAAAGGAUGGCUGAUGAAUUGUCAGAAAGUGAAAGCACUUCUUCAGAUGCCAAUGAGAAGAGAAAAGUCAAGAGAAAGAAGGUUAGUGAUGAAGAAAUCCUAAUUUCAACAUCAGCAAUAGAAGACACUGGCAGUUCUGAAGAAAACGGUUGCCAAGGCUGCAAAAAAUUGCCAAAGCUUAAAGAAAAAUACAAGUUGGCAAAAGAAAAAAUAAACAGAUUAGAAGCUGAGAUUGAGCACUACAAGCAAGUUACAGAUGCAAGAUCUCUAGUAGACAACCUUAAAAUGCUCAUUAGGGAAAGUAAAACAAAAGAGGUUGGCCAAGCAGAGUCACAGAACCCAAAUAUAGGACUUAGGCCGAUAACUGCACCGGUAACUCCUACCUCUGCAAUUGAAAAAGAAGGAACGAAGCAAUUAGAUGUAAAUGAUGGCCUACCAGCCACCCCUGGCAGAGUCAAAGAAACCACAAAGGUUGACAUUGGACGAGGUGUGCUGGUUGAGAAAACUAGCCUGAUGGCUUUGUCAUCAGUGAAGUCGGGUUCAACAUAUGCCAGAAGACUAUUAAAGACCAUUUUUACCGAUGCAGAGCUUGUUGGGAAAAGUCUGACAGGCAGAAAAUCAAAUGCCUUUAAAGACCAGGAUCAGAAGCCUGCCCUUGACCCAACUAAAGUGGAGGCAGUUGUUGAUCUUGCAUGCCGUAAAUUUGGAUGCCCUCCAGCAACUAUAAAGAUGUCUCUUGCCAACAAGCUAAAGGAAAUAACAAAAAAGGCAGCAAACUAGCUUACAUGUACUAGUAGGAUAAAACUAAUAAAUUUCAAUACUUUCAGCAAGAA